UCUGUGUACAGAAACAUUUGCGUGCUCAUGCAGCAAGAAAAUCUUACACAAACUUACAGGCAUCGGCAAUAGCUAUUCAAACUGGAUUGAGAGCAAUGGAUGCUCGAAAUGAAUACAGACACAGAAGAAGAAACAAAGCGGCAAUUAUACUUCAGACUGAAUGGCGAAGAUACCAUGCUCUUUCCACUUAUAACCAGCAAAAGAAAGCAACUCUUACACUUCAAUGUCUUUGGAGAUCAAAGGUUGCAAGGAAGGAGCUUAGAAAGCUGAAGAUGGAAGCAAGAGAAACAGGGGCACUUAAAGAAGCCAAGGACAAGCUGGAGAAGCGCGUUGAAGAGCUAACAUGGCGACUAGACUUUGAAAAGCACUUGAGGACUGAUCUUGAAGAAGCAAAAGGACAAGAAAUUGCAAAACUACAAAGUGCCUUACACGAAAUUCAAGGGAAACUGGAUGAAGCUCAUGCUGCAAUCAUUCACGAGAAGGAAGAAGCAAAGAUAGCAAUUGAACAAGCCCCACCAGUAAUCAGAGAGGUACCGGUUGUGGACAACAGCAAGGUGGAGGAAUUGACACUUCAGAAUGAGGAACUCGAGGGUGAGAUAACAGAGCUAAAAAAGAGGGUUGAGGAAUUUGAGCAGAAAUAUUCUGAAGUUGAAAAUGAGAGCAAAGCAAGAAUAAAAGAAGCAGAGGAUUCACAGAUAAAAGUGUCACAGCUUCAACAGAACAUUGAAAGAUUAGAACUGAACCUGUCCAACCUUGAGUCUGAGAACCAGGUUUUACGUCAGCAGGCUUUGGUUGCAUCAACAAAUGAGGAACUCUCUGAAGAAAUGAAAAUCCUCAAGAACAAGAUUAGAGAUUUGGAGUCAGAAAAUGAGCUGCUCCGCAGCCAGAAAAUUGUUGUUGAGCAAAUAACUACUCCUGAACGAGUACAGCUGCAAUCCAAGUGUUUCAACAAUGGGCACCAAACAGAAGAGCAUCACCAAUCAACAAAAGAAGAGCAUCAAACACCAAAAGAAACAGAACCUCUUGUCCCUAUCCUAGCUAAACAAAGAUCCCUAACAGACAGGCAGCAGGAAAACCAUGAUGUAUUAAUCAAGUACCUCGUGGAGGACAAGCGGUUCGACAAAGGCAGAUCUGCCGCUGCCUGCAUUGUGCACAAAACACUUAUCCAAUGGAGAUCCUUUGAAGCAGAGAAGACAAAUAUAUUUGAUAGGAUAAUUCACACAAUCCAUUCAUCUAUAGAGCAUCACGAAAACAUCACAGAUCUGGCAUAUUGGCUCUCAACAACUUCUACCCUUCUGUUUUCUCUACAAAAUACAAUCAAGGCCAGCAAUACACCUAACGUGGCUUCACAUCGUACUCGAACCUCACCGGCGACCUUGUUUGGUAGAAUGGCACAUGGUUUUCGUUCAUCCUCAAUGGGCAUGGGAAUUUCCAGUGGGUACAGUGGAAUGGAGGGAAAGCUAACCACACGAUCAAAAAUAGAAGCUAAAUACCCGGCCCUACUAUUUAAACAACAUCUGACUGCAUGUGUAGAGAAAAUAUAUGGUAUGAUCCGUGAUAGCUUAAAGAAAGAGAUUAGUCCAUUCUUGAACUUGUGCAUACAGGCACCAAGGACCACAAGGGCCAGAGCAAUUAGAGGCUCAUCUAAAAAUAUACAUUCAAGUAUAGUUGCAAAACAACAGGCAUCAAGCAUACACUGGCAAAGUAUUGUCAACAACUUGGAUCAUACCUUGAGCAUCCUUUCAGGAAACCAUGUCCCCUCCACAAUCUCAAAGAAAAUCUUUGGUCAGGUUUUCUCAUUCAUAAAUGUCCAGCUUUUUAAUAGUUUAUUACUUCGUCGUGAGUGCUGCUCAUUCAGCAAUGGAGAAUAUGUAAAGGCUGGUUUGCAAGAACUGGAACAGUGGUGCAAUAAAGCAACAGAUCAGUUUUCAGGAUCAUCAUGGGAUGAACUCCAACACAUAAGGCAAGCUGUAGGAUUUCUGGUUUCGCAUCAAAAGCCUCAAAAAUCACUGGACGAUAUCACAAAUGAACUCUGCCCGAUCUUGAGCAUUCCACAAAUAUAUCGCAUUGGAACAAUGUUUUGGGAUGACAAAUAUGGAACACAAGGAUUAUCCUCAGAGGUAAUUGGCAAGAUGAGGGCACUAAUGGCAGAAGAAUCAAUUAGUAUGCCAAAUAACUCCUUCUUGCUUGAUGUGGACUCAAGCAUACCUUUCUCAAUGGAAGAGAUGUCCUGGUCCUUCAACAUCAACAUAUCCGAUGUGGAUCCACCACCGCUCCUCCGCCAGAGAUCUGAUUUUCAUUUCCUGUGGCAGCCAACGGAUUGAAAUUUCACCUUUUCUAUUCUAAAUUUUACACAGAAAGAGAAAGGAAAAUGUUACUGUAAUUAAAUUAUUGCAAUUCCCAUUUUGUUCUUUUGAGUGAGAGGGUGAGUAAAAGAGUGCUCAAAAUGUAAUUUUUUUCUAUUUCCUUUUUUCUGAAGUACACCCAGUUUAGUCUUCAUUAGAUUGGGUCUGUGAGGUGUAGAGUGGGCUGUUAAAGUGAUUGUAGUGGAAAGAAGAAUAAUUAUUGAAGUUCAAUUGAAGUGAGACGAAAAUUUUUGCUCUUGUA